AUGUACCACUGGGACCUACCCCAAGCGCUGCAGUACCUCGGUGGGUGGGUUAACGAGAUCAUGGUCGACUACUUCGCGGACUACGCCAAGCUGCUCUUCGACAAUUACGGAGACAGGGUGAAGUGGUGGAUCACGUUCAACGAUCCCGUCAUGAGCGUCUGGGGCUACGCCAUAGCCGGCGUGCCGCCCGGCCUUCCGGCGACGGGCGUCGGCGACUACCUGGCGACGCACACGCUGGUGAAGGCCCACGCGCGCGUCUGGCACCUGUACGACGAGCAGUACAGAGCGACACAGAACGGUUCUGUGGGAAUGACAUUUAGCAGCCCACAUUACGAACCGUAUACAAACUCUACUGAAGACGUAGAAGCAACUGAGAGACAAAGACAGUUUAAGAUUCCACUCGAUCAGUCAGCCGCAGGGUUCAGACAGAUACUGAACUGGUUGGUUGCCGAAUACCCUGGAUACCCCAUUUUCGUGUCGGAAAAUGGCCUAGGCAACGACGGUAGCGUCGGUCUGAACGACACGGACAGAGUAGAGUAUUUUGCGGCUUUCCUUCCUGCCCUUUUGCAAGCUGUGAACCUAGACAACGUUCCCGUGGUCGGCUACACGUGCUGGAGUCUCAUGGAUAAUCUGGAGUGGCAACUGGGAUACUCGUGA